AUGAGAACAGAUUUUCUAGCCUGCCAGAGCCCGGACACGAACAACAACCAUGCAAAUAGCGGGAUCCUCCGUCGCGCAAGCGAAGGAACCCGCUCCCGCCUGCACCGCACCGGCUCCCGUGUCAAAUCCUUCCUCAGCACCCGCCACGACCCAACUCUCGACUCUGACAUCCCCGUCGUCCCGCCCUUACCCGUCCACGUGCAUGACCCUCAUGCACAGUCCACACCACGCCCAGCAAGCACAGAAAGUAUACGGGUAUAUACACCGCCGGGAGUCUUCCAGACGAGAGGGUUUCUGAAACCGGAUCCGUAUCCGGGGGCUGCGGCUUGGAGGGUGAAUGCGAGGCCGGACACGACAUUUACGGAGAUGAUUGAUCAUGUAGGGUUUAGGGAUAAGAAGGGCCAGCCUUGUUAUCGGGUGAGAGAGGGGAAUGCAUAG